AAAGAGGAUGUCGACAGUUUUAAAAAUUGACGUGUGAAAUAUUUUAAGAUGUGUAUUAUCGGUAACACGUGAGUUGACAUGUAGUGGAGUGAUGGAGUGUGAAUUUAAUCAUUUUACCUGAAAAUUCAAAUUUUUGAUUUUAAUUGGAAGAUAUGCGGGGCUUCUUGAUAUCAAUCUGCACUGUCAUGAGUCUAUUAGUGCAGAAACUAGCAGCCGACUGUCAACAUAUGGACAAGUUUUAUAUGAAUCACACACUCUGGUUGCCGGACCUCUGUACUAUCUGUACCUGUCUGGACCCUGUGUCUGUUUGUGAAAACGUCCGCUGCCUGAAUCCAAACUGUUUCUAUGCAAAGGGGGAAUAUCUACAGAUUCCACAUGAUGGAUGUUGUCCUGAGUGUGUGGGAACUUUAGCCCCUUGCCGUCAGGACUCUAAAACUUUCGCACACAACACUGACUGGUACCCCGAUCCUUGUUCUCACUGUACGUGUUGGGAUGGAGAUGUUACUUGUUCUGCCGUAGCCUGUCCCCGACAGAACUGUAAACCUGGGACAGUAGCCCAGACCCUCCCCGGGCAAUGCUGCCCCCAGUGUAUAGCCUCUGGAAGUUCGUGCUUAGUCGAUGGUGUAACUUAUGAUGAUGGACAUGAGUGGUCUCCCCUUCCCUGUACAAAAUGUGUGUGUCAAGACGGAACAGCCUCGUGUUUCCCGAUACAGUGCCCCCCUCUUGUUUGUCCACCGGGCCAGUAUAUUGAAAGAGGUCCUCAUUCUUGCUGUCCUGUAUGCAAAUCUAAGAUGUGUUCGGAUAGAAUCAAGCAAUACCAGAAUAAUGAAAGCUGGCAGAAGGAUGAAUGCACAUUUUGCACCUGUCUACAAGGGGAGACCGUUUGCAGGAAAGAAGAAUGUGUGGAUCCAAAAGAGCUGGAAUGUGGCAAAAGUGAGAGAAAAGUGAGAAGACCUGGAGAAUGUUGCAUUGAGUGUGUCAGUCGACAGGAUUCGUGCAAGUCUGAAAUACCUAUUCGAUACCACGGUGAUGUGUGGAACAUUUCUGCUUGUGAAUUCUGUUUGUGUGAGAAUGGUCAAGUCCACUGUCAUAAGGCCAUGUGUGAACCACUCAUCUGUGAAUUAUAUGAAACCAAAGUCCACCUGUAUGGGAAAUGUUGUCCAGAAUGUAUGGAACAACCAAGAUGUUACUCUAAUGGAGAGAUUUACUUGGAUGGUGACACUUGGUACCCGGACCCCUGUUCUAUCUGUAGUUGUAAGGAGGGACACAUCACAUGUUACCAUAAGCCCUGUCCUGUCUGUCCCCAGGGUCAGAUGUCGCUCAUUCACUCGGGAGAGUGCUGUGGUACCUGUAAACCAUUGCAGUGUAGUGAGGCCUGCUCUGUUUGUCGUCCUGAUGAUCCAGACUUCUGCCUGGUCUGUAAACAGCCCGGACUUUAUCUUCAGGACGGAACAUGUGUGACCAGCUGCCAGGAAAACUUUUAUGUCACCAGGAAUAGAAAAUGUGGAGAGUGCCAUGAGAUGUGUGCCAGCUGUACAGGGGCCACUCAACAUCACUGUGUCAAAUGUAAGCCUGGUCUUUUAUGGAGGGAUGGACAAUGUGUACCUAGGUGUGGAUCUAACUUCUACCAAAAUGGAGGGCAGUGCCUGGCCUGCCAUUCUUCUUGUCGGGAAUGCCUUGGUCCUAACAAAGACAAUUGUUUGUCGUGUACAAUAUCUGUUCAAGUCCUCCUGUCAGGAAGAUGUGUCAACGACUGUGGACCACAGUUCUAUGUAAAGGAUGGAAAGUGCACCAGUUGCCAGCCUACUUGUUCUAGUUGUUCUAGUGAUGGGAGGUUCUGUACUAACUGUACGCAGUCCCUCGUCUUACACAAGGGUCAGUGUGUCACCAGUUGUCCUUGGGGGUACUUCAUCUCCCCCCAGGGGGUGUGUACAGCAUGUCACCCGAGCUGUAAAAAAUGUAGUGGGCCCCACGAAGAGGAUUGUCUGACUUGCUUGGACGGUUCUCCUCCCAGGAAAGGAGGUCACUGCCCAGGAAACUGUGUCAACGGGGAAUACAGGGACACCAAUGGAAAUUGUAAAAAAUGUGAGCCUGGAUGCAUCAGAUGUAGGGCCACAGAAAAUGGACAGGGCAGUGUUUGUGUGGAGUGUCCUACACCAAUGAUGGCUUUUGACAACAUCUGUGUCAGGCAAUGUCCUAUUGGUCACUUUAAUCAGAGCUCUAUAUGUCAAAAAUGCAGCAGUGGUUGUGUGGAGUGUAUCUCCCCCUCCCAGUGUACAAGAUGUGGUCCCUCCCUCCUCUUGUCAGCAGGGGUAUGUGUCCUCCAUUGUCACCCUACCCAGGUCAUUGAUUCACUCCACAGUGUUUGCCAAGACUGCCCUUCAAAUUGUCUUAGCUGUUCUACACCUGAUGAGUGCAUGCAAUGUGAUGAUGUAACAUACCUUAAGAUGGGAGUCUGUGUAUCAGCUUGUGGCCAAGGCUUCUAUCAGAAUCCUGAUGCAAGGCAGUGCACUGCCAAUCAACACAGACCUACUCUACAGAUAAUUGGUCAGAUUCGGGUGGAACAAGGUGGAGUAGCCAGCAUUACAGGUGACACAUUUUCCUUGUCUGACUCGGACACUUCAAAAGAUGACCUCCACUUGAUAGUGACAGAACCUACUAGCAUUGGGAAACUGCUUAAAGCUGUCCAAGGGAAUGAUGGGAUAUUAAAUGCUGGGGGUACAUUUUCAUUGGCUGACCUAGAAACAGGAAAGAUUCGCUUUAUUCAGAAUGUAGGGAAUGAAAGGAAAGGAAAGAUCAAGUUGAGAGUAACUGAUGGUCAACUAUACAGUGAAGAAAGAGCUUUACAUAUUCUGGUUAUUCCAAAAAACCCACCAUAUUUACGGAAACAUGAGUCAUUGUUAGCAUUUCUGGAGAAUACAACCGCCAUAGGACCACAACAAGUUGAUAUCCGGGUAGACAGCUUACAAAAUUCAGUGUCCAUUACAGUGUUACAAGGACCCAGUCAUGGACAAAUUGUGAACAGAGAGCAUGAUGUACCUGUAUCAGAAGUUACUUUGAAGGAUUGGACCAAUGAAAAAUUAGCUUUCAAAAUUGGGAAGUCCAAAGCAACCUCUGACAGAGUUCUGUUCCAGGUUUUUGAUGGCUACCACUCCCUCAACUUCCUGCUGGAUAUUACUAUAAGAAAACAGGUAAAUACUGGAGAGGGUUUUUUUUAUGAUGCAUAA